AUGGCAUCUGCAACAACGGCUGAUUCUACAGUAUCAACAACACCAAUGGCCGAAACCACAUCAGACACAGCGGAUACGACAGUGGCAACCGAAACGACCUCAGCCCCAACCACAGUGGCAACCGAAACGACCACGGCCGCAACAAUAGUGGCAACCGAGAGGACACCGGUCGCAACCACAGAGGAAACCGAAACGACCUCGGCCCAAACAACUGUGGCAACCGAGACGACCUCGGCCCCAACAACAGUGGCAACCGAAACGACCUCGGCCCCAGCAACAGUCGCAACCGAAACGACCACGGCCCCAACAACAGUGGCAACCGAAACGACAACGGCCGCAACAACAGUGGCAACCAAAACGACCACGGCCGCAACAACAGUCGCAACCAAAACGACCCCGGCCCCAACAACAGUCGCAACCGAAACCAUCACGGCCCCAACAACAGUGGCAACCGAAACGACAACGGCCGCAACAACAGUGCGACCACGGCCCCAACAACAGUCGCAAACGAAACGACCUCGGCCCCAACAAGAGUGGCAAAAGAAACGACCUCGGCCCCAACAACAACCGCGGCCCCAACAACCAUCGCAAGCGAAACGACCACGGCCCCAACAACAGUGGCAACCGAAACGACCUCGGCCCCAACAACAGUGUCAAUCGAAACGACCUCGGCCCCAACAACAGUCGCAACCGAAAAGACCACGGCCCCAACAACAGUGGCAACCGAAACGACAACGGCAGCAACAACAGUGGCAACCGAAUGGCAACCGAAACGACCACGGCCAAAACAACAGUCGCAACCAAUACGACCCCGGCCCCAACAACAGUCGCAACCGAAACGACCACGGCCCCAACAAAAGUGGCAACCGAAACGACCUCGGCCCCAACAACAGUCGCAACCGAAACCACCACGGCCCCAACAACAGUGUCGCAACCGAAACGACCACGGCCCCAACAACAGUGGCAACCGAAACGACAACGGCCGCAACAACGGUGGCAACCGAAAUGACCAAGGCCGCAACAACAGUCGCAACCGAAAAGACCACGGCUCCAACAACAGUGGCAUUCGAAACGACCCCGGCCCCAACAACAGUGGGCCCCAACAACAGUCGCAACCGAAACGACCUCGGCCCCAACAACAGUCGCAACCGAAGCGACCUCGGCCCCAACAACAGUCGCAACCGAAGCGACCACGGUGGCAACAACACUCGCAACCGAAACGACCUCGGCCCCAACCACAGUGGCAACCGAAACGACUACAGCCGAAACAACAGUGACAACCGAAACGAUCUCGGCCGCAUCCACAGAGCCGAAACCACAACGCCAAUCGAUGUAAACACGGCCGUUACAUCAUCGGCCACCGAAGCGACCACGGCCGAAACCACCGUUGAAACCGAAGCAACCACAACCGAAAAAACAUCGAUCGGGUCUACUGCAGCAACCGACGCGGUGACCACAACAUCGAUCGGGUAUACUACAGCAACUGACGCGGCGACCACAACAUCGGCCGGUUCUACUGCAGCAACCGAAUCGACCACAACAUCGAUCGUGUCUACUGCAGCAACCGACGCGGAGACAACAACAUCGAUCGGGUCUACAGCAGCAACAGACGCGGCGACCCCAACAUCGAUCGAGUCUACUGCAGCAAUCGACGCGGCGACCACAACAUCGGUCGGGUCUACUGCAGCAACCGACGCGGCGACCACAACAUCGAUCGGGUCUUCUGCAGCAACCGACGCGGCGACCGCAACAUCGGACGCUUCUACUGCAGCAACCGAUGCGACCACAACAUCGAUCGGGUCUACUGCAGCAACCGACGCGGAGACCACAACAUCGGCCGCUUCUACUGCAGCAACCGAUGCGACCACAACAUCGAUCGGGUCUACUGCAGCAACCGACGCGGCGACCACAACAUCAAUCGGGUCUACUACAAUAACCGACGCGGCCACCACAACAUCGAUCGCGUCUACAGCAGCAACCGACGCGGCGACCACAACAUCGAUCGGGUCUACAGUAGCAACCGACGCGGCGACUACAACAUCGAUUGGGUCUACAACAGCAACCGACGCAACCGAAGCGGCGACCACAACAUCGGCCGGUUCUACUGCAGCAACCGAAGCGACCGCAACAUCGAUCGGGUCUACUGCAGCAACCGACGCGGCGACCACAACAUCGAUCGUGUCUACUGCAGCAACCGACGCGGCGAUCACAACAUCGACCGGCUCUUCUGCAGCAAACGACGCGGCGACCACAACAUCGAUCGUGUCUACUGCAGCAACCGACGCGGCGAUCACAACAUCGACCGGGUCUUCUGCAGUAAACGACGCGGCGACCACAACAUCGGUCGGUUCUACUGCAGCAACCCACGCGGCGACCACAUCAUCGGUCGGGUCUACUGCAGCAACCGACGCGGCGACCACAACAUCGAUCGGGUCUACUGCAGCAACCGACGCGGCGACCACAACAUCGAUCGGGUCUACUGCAGCAACCGACGCGGCGACCACAACAUCGAUCGGUUCUUCUCCAAUAACCGAAGCGGCGACCACAACAUCAAUCGGGUCUACUGCAGCAACCCACGCGGCGACCACAACAUCGAUCGGAUCUACAGCAGCAACCGACGCGGCGACCACAACAUCGGUCGGGUCUACUACAGCAAUCGACGCGGCGACCACAACAUCGGUCGGGUCUACUGCAGUAACCGACGCGACCACAACAUCGAUCUGGUCUUCUACAAUAACCGACGCGGCGACCACAUCAUCGGUCGGAUCUACUGCAGUAACCGACGCGGCAACCACAACAUCGAUCGGGUCUACAGUAGCAACCGACGCGGCGACCACAACAUCGAUCGGGUCUACUGCAGCAACCGACGCGGCGACCACAACAUCGAUCGGUUCUUCUCCAAUAACCGAAGCGGCGACCACAACAUCAAUCGGGUCUACUGCAGCAACCGACGCGGCGACCACAACAUCGAUCGGAUCUACAGCAGCAACCGACGCGGCGACCACAGUAUCGGUCGGGUCUAUUGCAGCAAUCGACGCGGCGACCACAACAUCGGUCGGGUCUACUGCAGUAACCGACGCGACCACAACAUCGAUCUGGUCUUCUACAAUAACCGACGCGGCGACCACAUCAUCGGUCGGAUCUACUGCAGUAACCGACGCGGCAACCACACCAUCGAUCGGGUCUACAGUAGCAACCGACGCGGCGACCACAACAUCGAUUGGGUCUGCAGUAGCAACCGACGCGGCGACCACAACAUCGAUUGGGUCUACAGCAGCAACCGACGCGGCGACCACAACAUCGAUCGUGUCUACUGCAGCAACCGACGCGGCGAUCACAACAUCGACCGGGUCUACUGCAGCAAACGACGCGGCGACCACAACAUCGGUCGGUUCUACUGCAGCAACCCACGCGGCGACCACAUCAUCGGUCGGGUCUACUGCAGCAACCGACGCGGCGACCACAACAUCGGUCGGGUCUACUGCAGCAACCGACGCGGCGACCACAACAUCGAUCGGUUCUUCUCCAAUAACCGAAGCGGCGACCACAACAUCGAUCGGAUCUACAGCAGCAACCGACGCGGCGACCACAACAUCGAUCGGGUCUACUACAAUAACCGACUCGGCCACCACAACAUUGGUCGGGUCUACUGUAGCAACCGACGCGGCGAACACAACAUCGAUCGGGUCUACAGUAGCAACCGACGCGGCGAACACAACAUCGGCAGGUUCUACUGCAGCAACCGAAGCGACCACAACAUCGAUCGGGUCUACUGCUGCAACCGAAGCGGCGACCACAACAUCGAUCGGGUCUACUGCAGCAACCGACGCGGCGACCACAACAUCGGUCGGGUCUACUGCAGCAACCGACGCGGCGACCACAACAUCGGUCGGGCCUACUGCAGCAACCGACGCGGCGACCACAACAUCGAUCGGGUCUACUGAAGCAACCGAAGCGGCGACCACAACAUCGGUCGGGUCUACUGCAGCAACCGACGCGGCGACCACAACAUCGGUCGGUUCUACUGCAGCAACCGACGCGUCGACCACAACAUCGGUCGGGUCUACUGCAGCAACCGACGCGGCGACCACAACAUCGGUCGGGUCUACUGCAGCAACCGACGCGGCGACCACAACAUCGAUCGGGUCUACUGCAGCAACCGACGCGGAGACCACAACAUCGAUCGGGUCUACUGCAGCAACCCACGCGGAGACCACAACAUCGAUCGGGUCUACUGCAGCAACCCACGCGGCGACCACAACAUCGAUCGGGUCUACUGCAGCAACUGACCCGGCGACCACAACAUCGAUCGGGUCUACUGCAGCAACUGACCCGGCGACCACAAAAUCGAUCGGGUCUACUGCAGCAACCGACGCGGCGACCACAACAUCGAUCGGGUCUACUGCAGCAACCGAAACAACAACCUCUUCUGCCGGCUCUGCAUCGCCAACGGAUUUAACCACAACUUUAGCCGGAUCUUUUAAAACCUUUACUCCUACCACCGAAGUAAUAACUACCGCGUCCUGUGGUUUCGGAAAUCAAAACGUCGGGUGCCCAUGUCCUGUUGGCUUUUAUAGACAACAGCAAAAUUGCACAGCAUGUGUAGGUAAUAAGUAUGGUGAUAACUGCUCUUUGUCCUGUGACUGCGAGAAUUCACACGCGGCCGUUGAUAUCCAAGCAUGUAACCAUGUGACCGGAAUUUGUGAAUGCAACUCUAAGUGGACUGGUCACCGGUGCCAGUUUGACGUAAAUGAAUGCAUUACGGGAGCCAAUAACUGCAGUUCCGAGAAUAAGAUUUGCAACAAUAUCAUUGGUGGAUUCGAAUGCUCAUUUGAGGACAAAAGCGGUUAUUGUGCCGUGCCACCAGAAGCAGCUUCAAAUAAUAAAGACGAUUUCAACCUCAAGCGUGGUGUAAAGGCGGUGUAUAUAUACUUUGUAAUCAAGGCGCCGAAAAAGGCUGUGCCGCUCAACUGCACUGUUCCCGAGUCUGUCGGCCCCCUGGCUGUCAAUAUUCGACUACAGUUGGACGCUUACAUGGCUCGGUAUAUGGGGAACAUCCCGUUCAAGCUCACUAUACGAUACAUGAGAAUUGGAAGCAUUCAAGUUAACGCAACCAUAGAGAAACCGGACACGUUGGAAGCGUCACAGAGAUUCUCCGAGGCAUUCUUCGCAUUGGAUGACGCUACAUUCAGUAUUGACGGCGUUCCGUAUAACACAUCCGCUAUUGCACUCAACAACACUCCAAUCGUUACCGGUGGAGGGACGCCGGAGGACGUGUGUCGGGUCUUCCUACUUGACCGUGGUCAGUGCCCGGACAAUGGCGUGUGUACUGUGGUGGACGGAACGCCCAGCUGUUUCCCGGCACAGGUUGACGACGGUGAGAAACUUGUCCUUGGCCUGGCUAUAGGGAUACCUCUCUUCUUCCUCGCCUGCCUAGCCCUUGUGUUGUGUGCAUUGCUCUUAUACCGGCGACGCAUGCAAAAACAUGCAGACAAUUCAAGUUCGUUCACAGAGAGCACGCAUGGCGUGAAUCCGUUCUUAUCGGGUCACUACGUGGCGGGGUUCUUCCCCGGACACAUGGCCACGAGGCUACACCGGAGAGAUUUUUCCCCUUUCCAUCCCCCGCAGUGGGAGGAGGACUCAGCAUCCACUUCCAGGAGUUCCGAUUCUGUAUAUUCAGAAAACAAGCAAAGUCACUCAUUUUCGUGGGAUUUCCUGUACAAUGGCGGAUAUCUUCGAGACGACUACCAUAUAAAAAGACCAGAAUUACGAACAUGACGUGUCAGCAGGCUUACAACACUACUCAAGUCAAGACAUAUCGCCAGCUUACUACAAAUUCGAUCAAAUCGGCUUUUAAGUGUAUUCGACGUUGACGAAAAAAAAUCGCACUUGAUUUUCGUAAAUGAGCUAACGGGAGUUCCGGUUUUUCAUAUUUCGUUUAAGUGCUGACCAGUGUCGUCAACGAUGGAGUCCUAUAUGUUAUUUUACACAAAUUUGAACUCAUCCCUUUGGGACAAAAAGUCAUAAACUAGCAAUUUUCAUUAUCAGAGCAGCUAUUGUAUUGUUACAAGCUCACUUCUACGAGUAGAUUAAUGGACCAUUAGCAGGCAUUACUUUAAAAGGACCGGUCAUAAUUAUAUAGCUUUAUGGUGGAUAUUCAUGUGUUCUUUUAUAUACGUGGCUUAUUUAUAAUUGAUAAAAAUGAAUACAUUAUGUUUGCUUGAGGCGUGAUCUACAUGUAUUUGUUCAGGGUCCUCGAUAUAUCGAUUGAAAAAAUAACAUCGUUAGUAUUCAAUUUUGGUGUGGCCUUUUUGCGAGUGUAUUACAUCUUUAUUCAAGGUAGUUAUGUAAUUAGAACCGAAUCACACAUGAAUACGCCGUGAUCAAUAUCUAAAUGACACUAAAACCUCUCCUUGCUAUUUAACAUGUUUUUCCUAUUUAAAGAUGUAUUCAAUAAAACAUAAAAAUUGUUGA